GCAAGAAAAAGAAAUAAGAGAUGGCAAUGGCAAGCGGCGGUGGAAGAUUCACUGUUGAUUCUCCCGGUCUAAAGAGCUCGACUUUCUCUGCGAGUCUCCGUGAACUUCGCCGGCGACGGAGAAGCUCCGCCGGCGGGGAGACAUGAACAGCUUGAUGCGCAAACUGACGGCGAACGCCGACCCGGCACCGUCGACGUCGAGCCCUUCGGAGUUCGACCCGAGCGAGAGCGUGAGGAAGGGGAAAAGCUUCGAUCUUGGGCAUGGGAGCGAGGUCUUCCACGUGCCCCGCUUCUUCCCGGCGGAGCAGUCGUGGGCAUGGUUCGAUUACCUCAACAAGCACGUCCCUUGGUCCCGACCCACUCUCCGCAUCUUCGGUCGCAAUCUCGUCCAGCCCAGAGAUUCGUGUUAUGUAGCGGCGGAAGGAUUGCCGGCGAUCAGCUAUAACGGGCACUCGCCUCGUGCUUAUUCUUGGGACGAUUUCCCUCCACUCAAGGACAUCUUGGAUGCAGUCCAUAAAGCUCGUCCUGGAAGUAGAUUCAAUAGCUUGGUCCUAAACCGAUACGACGGUAACAAUGAUUAUGUGUCUUGGCAUUCCGAUGACGAGGUGCUCUAUGGACCCACCCCAGAAAUCGCCUCAGUUACGUUUGGAUGCGAACGUGAAUUUUUGCUAAAGAAAAAACCCAGUAAAAUGUCUCCAGCAUCUGGUGAUGAGCCGAAGAGCAAGCGACUAAGGAAGAGCCAUGACCCCGAUCAGCACUCUUUCGUACUAAAACAUGGAUCGCUCCUCGUAAUGAAAGGCUACACUCAGCGGGAUUGGCUUCACUCGGUGCCAAAGCGAGCAAAACCGAUGUCUAUUCGAAUCAAUCUCACCUUCAGGUGUGUCCUACGAUAGCUCUGCCGUCAAGCACAUAAUUAUUUUUCUCUGCUCCUGUUAGAUGUUGGCUUGGCUGUCAACAAGUUUUGAGAAAGCAACUGUCUAUGGCGACUGCUUCUGUACAUGUCAAAGUGUGAAGGAAGUGGAACCAGAGCAGCAUGUGUUUAUAAGUUUCGACCUACAGGUGUUAAAUUGACUUAGGUUGCUCUGUCUUCAUUUUGGCUAAUAUCAAGAACUUGAAGUCGUGAUUUUUUAUUCCAUAGCUAUAUUUAGUCUGUCAAUACUUCUGUUAAACGAUCGCCUUGUAGUAUAUGGCUUCUCGUACUUCCGCAAUUGGUCUAUUUUCUUUUCUAGAAAAUGUAUCUGGCAAACUAAGAGAUGUUUGGUGAUUCUCU